ACGGGGGAGGAGAACGGAAGAGCGAGGUCAAUAUUACGAUACCCAGUGUACAUGUAUUGCAGCUUUAGCUGUAUAGCGCUGACCACUGGCGGAUAUUACGGUGGUCUAAGACGAUUAUUUUGGAAUAUACUACUUCCGUGUGAUAUUGUGUAUUAAGGUUCCAUGUUGGGGAGGAUAUAGCAGCCACUGAACGCUGUCGAUGUAGCCGAGGUGGAUUGGAUUACUUGCUUUAGUUACACUGGAUCGAGGGGUCAACUAAAGUGUGUGAGGAUGUUGAUAUGACGGCGGAGAACGCCGGACAGUAACCCCUGGGAUGUCGGACCCCCUGUCCCCCAAGUCUCCCCGCAAGGGGAAGCACGUCAAUCUCCGAGUCCAGUUCUUGGACGAUACAGUUCAUGCCUUUCCAAUUCCGGUGAAGUCCCUCGGCAUCACGCUAUGGGAGGCAGUGUGUCAGCACCUGCAGCUUCUGGAAGCCGACUACUUCGACUUGGAGUACAUCGACAAUGGUGGACUCAAGUGUUGGGUCGACCGCCAGAAGCCUCUGCUGAAACAGCUGCCUACCCCAGACACACCACUUAGCUUCUGUACAAAGUUCUACACCCCAGACCCCGGUCUACUGGAGGACGACUUCACUAGGUAUUUGUUUGCACUCCAAAUCAAGCAGGAUCUGUUGUCGGGGGUGAUGCCAUGCAGCGACAAUACCGCAGCCCUUCUUGCUUCUUACAUUGCUCAAGCUGAAAUCGGUGACUUUCUUGUCGACGAUUAUUUGGACCACACUUACCUGUCUUCCAUGAAGUUUGUUCCCAGCCAAACUCCAGACCUCGAGGAAAAGAUCAUGGAGUACCAUAAACAGCAUAUAGGAGAGAGUCCAGCAGAGGCUGACCUGAACCUGUUGGACACAGCCCGGAAAGUGGAGCUGUACGGCAUUAAGAUGUUCCCAGCCAAAGAUCACGAGGCUGUCACGCUCACUCUCGCCGUAGCACACAUGGGCGUACAGGUGUUCCAGAACGCAACAAAGAUCAACACAUUCUCAUGGGCAAAAAUCCGCAAAUUAAGCUUUAAAAGGAAAAAGUUCUUGAUAAAACUACACCCCGAGAGCUAUGUGAGUAAGGUUAAUGGAGCGUGGGGUUACUACAAGGACACCGUGGAGUUCUUCUUUGACAGUCGGAAUGAAUGUAAGGGGUUUUGGAAGAAAUGCAUUGAGCACCAUGGCUUCUUCCGGUGUCAGGCUGUUCGAAAAGUGCCAAGAAACAAAACCCGAGUGGUCAGUCGAGGAUCAUCAUUCAGGUACAGCGGUCGAACCCAGAAACAGCUGAUGGAAUUUGUCCGUGGCAACAUCGAUAAACGGCAGCAGUUUGAAAGGAAAUCGGCAAGUGGUCGGAUCUCGAGCCGGAGCACCAGCGUGACACCAAAGAUUACACUGAAGACUAAUACCCACAAUUCCUCAGACCUCCACAACAGCACAGCUUCCAGUGGCUCCCACACCCUCGACAUCACGCAGGACAACCACGUCAGCCCUAUGAGUCGUGUGGAGACUGCCGAGGUCCACAGCGACAGCUCCAUGUCCGGGAGCCGCUCGCUCGGCUCCCCGAAACUGGAACACAUCCCCGUUGGGGAGGCAACAGCGGCAGCCAUGAUGCGGAAGGAGGACAGUGUUGAUUCCAGGACAGAAGCCGAUGAUAGAGUUGAUUCUCCAAGAUUCUUUCACCCAUCCAACUCUCCAUCCGGGUUCAAGGCCAUGGAUAGGAAGUUUUCAGCCCCUGUUCUUGGGUCGCGGGACAUGGCCCUGAGUAUGGAAGAUGAACACCGCCUGUCCCGAUGUCCCGAAGUGGAGAACAUUCCAGAGGUCGUGCAGGAGGACGACCUUAAUCUCAGUCCUCCCAACAGAUUGAGUCUAAUGCGAAGCACAAGUGCCACUACCUCUUCUCCAACAACUGAGAGAACCGAGACCCUUCCUUCCCCAUCGUCCCCCUCACCCCCUCCCCCUCCUCCUCCUCCCAUCCUGGAUGAGAGUGACUACCCCCUCACACCUCCGUCCAAGAACAAGAAGGCCUACAUGAUCGCGGCAUCGACAGUGAGCACCUCCAGCUUCGGCAUCCCCAGCAACAUCUCCACGCUGUCCACAUCCAAGUCGGAGGACCACGACGACAUUGACAUAAAGAAGAAGGUCAAGCGCCACCCGGUGGACAGUUCCUACUACAUCGCCAAGGAGCUACUCAUGACAGAGCGGACCUACAAGAAGGACCUGGAACUUGUCUGUGUGUGGUUCCGCAACGCUCUGAGUGGGGACACCAUGAUCCUCAACUCCAUGGUGGAGCUCGUGUUCUCCUACCUCGACCCCAUCUACGAGUUCCAUUGCAGCUUCCUCAAGGAUGUGGACCAGAGACUCUCUAUGUGGGAGGGAAAGUCCAACGCUCACCAGAACGGGGACUACCAGAGAAUCGGAGACAUUGUUCUCAAUGCUCUAGUCGUGGCUGAAGAGCUCUACUGCAACUACCUAGACAGACAGGAGGAGAUUCUGUCGGAGGUAGAGAGCAAGAUGAGGAGAAACAGGAAGUUCGAGGAGUUGUACAAGGACUUUGAAGCCCAAAAAGUGUGUUACCUCCCCUUGAAUACAUUCUUCCUGAAACCUGGCCAGAGGUUGCUUCACUUCAAGUUGAUAUUAGAGAAACUAGUGAAGCACUAUUCACUGAACCAUGCCGAUUUAGAUGAUUGUACAGAAGCUUUAGCUAAAGUCACGGAAGUAACGACAUCUUACAAGGACAAGUUGAAGCGAGUGGAAAACCUUCAAAAGAUGAUAGAACUACAACGAGACCUUGUUGGAAUAGAGAACGUAGUGAAUGCCGACAGGGACUUCAUCCGUGAGGGUUGCCUCCAGAAGUUUUCUCGGAAGGGUUACCAACAGAGGAUGUUUUUCUUGUUCUCAGAUAUGCUAGUCUAUACCAGCCGUACAGCGACAUCAUUGCUGCAGUUCAAGGUCCAUGGUCAGCUGCCAUUGAGGGGAAUGAUCGUGGAGGAGACAGACCAGGGCAAGGUCGCUGUACAGAACUGUUUUGCCAUCUACGCCGGGAACAAAUACAUCCUUGUUGCAGCCAGUUGUCAGGAAGAGAAGGACAAGUGGAUCGAGGACCUGAAUGAGGCCAUUGUGCAGUUCAAGUGCCGGACGGACGACAAGUUGCAGUACGCCAGUCUCAAGUCCAGUGCAAGCUCCACGGAGAACAUGGAUGGGACAGAAAACCAUCAAGAUGGAGAGAACGCGUCAUCUCCAUCGUCCCCCGAGAAGACCAUCCAGCAUCGAGCCAACACAACUAUGCACGUCUGCUGGCAUCGGAACACCAGCGUCAGUCAGCGAGACCAUCAGAAGGCAGUCAAAAACCAGCUAAGCGGCUACUUACUGCGCAAGUUCAAGAACAGCAACGGCUGGCAGAAGCUGUGGGUCGUCUUCACAAACUUUUGUCUCUUCUUCUACAAGACGUACCAGGAUGACUUUCCACUGGCGAGUCUACCGUUGCUAGGAUACGCAGUGAACACGCCCGAUGAGGAGGAUGGCAUACACAAAGACCAUGUGUUUAAGUUGCAGUUCAAAAACCAUGUCUACUUCUUCCGUGCGGAGAGCGAGUAUACGUUUGCAAGAUGGAUGGAAGUCAUCAACAGUGCCACCAACAGCUCGCGUCGAGUCCGCCUCUUCAGUCGUCUCGACUCCAAGAUGGAGGUGGAUACGCCUUGAAGAUAGUGCCAUAGAGUUAUCUCCCCUAUACAGGCUGUUCUGUUGAUGUUUCAGAGAAUUAAUUUGUGUAGCCGAUCUGUUGAUUGUAUUAUACUGUAUAUAACCAUGUGCCCGUAGGGGGCGCUGACAACUUGAUUACGUGUUCGCAGCUAGAAAUGUUACCAUAUGAACAAAUGCAUGUGGAAGUUUUGAGGUGUGGGGGUUUUCAGAUUUUUUUACUCAAGUGAACAUCAUGGCAGAUUUAAAUGGCAGAUGGGGCACAGUUUGUUACUAAGACGAACGUUUGCGUUAAAACAUGGAAAGUGCUUUUAAGUAAUGACACAGUUUAUCCUGUGUCGUGUGACCGAAAAGCGACCUCUACUGUGUGACUGUGCUGUGUCCAAUGUUUAGCAUACACGAGUUAAGAAAAGUUUUUUUGAAAAGUUUUUUAAUAUGUACACAAAUUGUAAGGAAGGUUUGAAACUUGUCAACAAACUUACAAAUCAUUUGUUAAUUCAAAAGUCUGCAGCUGACGAACUUUUUGAGAUGUCCUCUCAUGUACAUCUCAUAGCUGUCUGAAUCAAGGGAGACAAUUUCUUUUCUUGACUAUUUCAUGUCACGGAUGCAAGCGGACCUUUAAUGGUACAAGUCACCCUAAAACUCAAAUAUCGUACCAUAAAUGAAUGAAUGAAUCGUAACUCAUUUAGAUUUAGAAAAUCAUGUAAUUAAGUCGGUGCUGGUGAAUAUGUUUUGAAAACAUCAUCACUUAACAAAAGGUCAAAAUGAAUUUAACUGUUUUACAUUUCUUAACAGUGUGCGUAUUGUUAGUAGAAACUAGCCUGGUAGGUUUAGUCAAGCAUUAAACAUGUAAGCACCACUCUACUUGCCUGCUAGCUCACAUAUGCUACUCAACUUCUGAAAGGGAUAGUCUGAUAUGUCAUUCUAUUUAAAAAUACACUGGACAUUUUAUGAGAAUCGGUUUUGGGUGUCAUGAAAAGAGUGAAAUAUCCCUAGCGAAAGUGGAAUCGCAUGUGAGGAUGUUGAUCAAUGUCAUAAUAUAUUGAUACCUCAAAUACAAAGCCUUGCUCUAACCUAGGGCACAGCUUACAACAAGAAUCCUGUUCCAUGAAGCACUUCCAGAGCAAUAACUAUCGUAGGUCUAUAUUAUGGAAUGGGAGAUACGACAAUCGGAGCUAAGAUCUGUUUCUGGAAUGGGACUUGUCUUAUGAUGUGCUGCAGACAGUGGAACCUACCGUAUUUCCUCAAAUAAACACCGGAGUCUCGAUUAAACUCCAGGCCUUGAUAAAACGCAGUGUAUGUUUUUUGCACAGAAUUCUCCCAAUAAUUAUCUCUGCCAUUAAACAACGGGGGUAAAGAGUGGCUGAAAGAAGUAUAUGCCAGGUGUUUAAUCGUGGAAAUACGGUAGCCCGAAACAGUUUAAUUAUAUCAGUGACACUAGUACGUAGGAGACGAUUGGGCAGUCAAAUGGUUCUAAAUUCACCCUAAUGUUUACAAUAACAAAUAAAAUGUAUAUAAUACUAAAUAAAAGCUGCAAAAAACGUUUCCAUAAUCAGAAGAAAUCUCUACCUAAAGCAGAGUCCAUUUUAUGAUUCUCACAAUAUCAUAAGCACGUGUUUAUGAAUCACUAUCAAGACUAAUCAUGAAA